AUAAUUUUUCCCUGUAUCUUAACCCAAAUCUUAUCCUAUUAAGUUGACGGAUCCCAACAAUAUUAGCCUCUUGAUUUCUUACGUUAACCCGAGAAAUUUGGGGGUUGUGGCUUCUGACAGUGGAAAGUAGAAAAUUUGUCUCGCUCGGUGUUUAAAAUCCACUUGUAGUUGUAGCUGCUUUAUCUUUAUCUAUGGUAUGUGAAGGAGAAAUAGAAAUUAGAAUGGUGAUGUGAUGGAAGGAGGCUGCAAGGUAUGCGUCACAGGAGCCACUGGUUUCAUUGGUUCCUACCUCGUCAAGAAGCUCUUGGCCAAGGGCUACACCGUCCAUGCAACUAUCAGAGACUUGAAGAAUGAGUCCAAGGUUGGCCUUUUGAAGAAGAGCUUUCCACAUUCCGAAGGGAAAUUGGUGUUGUUUGAAGCAGAUAUUUAUGACCCAUCUGACUUUGAGCCUGCAAUUGAGGGCUGUGAGUUUGUCUUUCAUGUUGCUACUCCCUUCAGCCAUGAAACCGGUUCUCAGCAGUACAAGGAUAUGACUGAAGCAGCACUUGCUGGGACAAAAAGCAUUGCCAUGUCUUGUGUAAGAGCAGGAACAGUGAAACGUCUUCUCUACACGGCGUCUGUUUUUUCUGCUUCUCCACUGAAAGAUGAUGGAAGUGGUUUCAAGGAAGUAAUGGACGAAACUUGUUGGACCCCGCCUAUCGAUUCAGUGGCAUAUUUAUAUCCUGAUGAUUUUUUAAAGGAUUAUACUUAUUCAAAGACGAUGUCAGAGAAACAUUUGUUGAGCUACGGAAACAAUGAAAAUGGUGGUGGAUUGGAGGUGGUAACCCUCCCUUGUGGGCUUGUGGGAGGGGACACCCUUCAAUCUUUCACACCUGGUAGCGUGGUUGUUUGUAUCUCACAGAUCACAGAAAAUACAAAGGCGUACAGAACACUGAAGUUCAUACAGGAAUUACUGGGGAAAAUUCCUCUUGUACACGUUGAUGACGUCUGUGAUGCUCAUAUUUUCUGCAUGGAAAAUACCUCGAUCAAUGGAAGAUUCUUGUGCGCAAGUUCUUAUAUUUCAUUAGAAGAGAUUGCUAAUCAUUAUGUUCUUCAUCAUCCAGAAUUCAAUGUGAAGCAAGAAUACUUAGAUGGGCCGACGAAGGAUAUCAAGUGGGCCUCAACAAAGCUGUGUGACAAAGGAUUUGUGUACAAAUACGACGCCAAGAUGAUAUUGGAUGACUGUAUCAAAUGUGCAAGAAGGAUGGGUGAUCUCUAGUCCCCAUCUACACCUUUACUGUGUAUGCUUGUAAUAUAAUAUACACCACCCAUCUAACUCAUUUCUUUUUGUUCCUUAUCAUAUUUUGAUAAGAAAGGUCUAAGACUCAGUUUGAUGGGGUUGGGCUAUGAUGAACUGAUGGAUCACUUGGACAUUACCUCUGGACCAGAGAAAGAGACAGAUAUUUUUUUUUUUUUUAUAUUAUCCAUCAAUUUAAUCGAUUACUCAAUCAGAGAGAUUU